CCUCACCGGUUCCCGGCGUUCGGCUCCUGCAGUGUCGAACCCCUCGAAAACCCCUCCACUCAUAGCUGCCGCCCAGGCCCCAGCGCCCACGUCCCCAUUUCCCGCGCCCAACGCCGCUGCCACCGCCACCGCCAUGGGCAAGCCGAAGCAGCAAGUGCUCUCCCGCUUCUUCUCCCCCAAGCCGCCGCCCUCCGCCGCCGCCGCCGACGAUCCGCCGCAUCCCCCUAGACCUCCCGCCGAACCGCCCGUCGCCGCCGUCGUCUCCUUUUCGCCCAUAAAGCGCGCGCGCGCCCUCUCCGUCUCCCCCAAAACCCCCGCCAAGAGGCCCAAGCCCUCCCCUCCCAAUUCCGACUCCGUUCGCCGCAGGCUGCUCGAACCGCGCCGGCCGUCGCCGCUCGCCGCUUUGAACCCUAGCGGCAAGGGCUACACCCCGCUGGAGCAGCAGGUUAUCGAUCUCAAGGCGCGCCACCCCGAUGUCCUCCUCAUGAUCGAGGUCGGCUACCGCUUCCGCUUCUUCGGCGAGGACGCCACCGUCGCCGCCUCCGUCCUCGGCAUCAUCGCACACCCCGACCACAGCUUCCUCACCGCCAGCAUCCCCACCUUCCGCUUGGGCUUCCACGUCCGCCGCCUCGUCGCCGCGGGCCACAAGGUUGGCGUCGUCCGCCAGACUGAGACGGCGGCGAUUAAGGCCGCGCACGGCGGGGGCGCGGCCGGCACGCCGUUCGCGCGCGGGCUCUCGGCGGUGUACACGCGCGCCACGAUCGAGGCCGCGGCCGGGGAGCUGGAGGGCGGUGGCGCGCCCGACGAGGGGAGCAGGUACCUCGUGUGCGUGGUGGACAAGGAGGUCGACGCCAAGAGGGUGGAGGGGUUCGAGGUGAAGAUUGGUGUGGUGGCCACUGAGGUGUCGACCGGUGAGGUUGUGCACGGGGAGUUUAUGGACGGCGUCUCGAGGAAUGGUCUUGAGGCAGUGCUGCUUGGCUUGGCGCCCGUUGAGAUCAUCCUCGGGACUCCAAUGUCGUUUGCCACGGAAAAGCUGAUGAUGGCAUAUGCCGGACCUUCCUCUAAUGUCCGGGUUGAGCGCACUUCGCGUGUUUGUUUUAGAGAGGGUGGCGCUUUAGCUGAAUUACUGUCUUUAUUUGAGAAGCCUGGGGUUGAUGUUCCAACCAAUGAGAAUGACAGAUGUUUGAUGGAGAUCAACGAGGAGGACAAUAAUCCUUGUGGGAUUAAGGCUAUCAUGACUAUGCCAGAGCUAGUUGUCCAAGCAUUGGCAUUAAGUGUUCGCUAUCUCAAGGGUUUUGGUAUGGACAGGAUAAUCUGCUUUGGUUCUUCAUUUCGGCCAUUCACUGCUAACACUGAAAUGUCUCUGUCAGCAAAUGCUCUUCAACAACUUGAGGUAUUGAAGAAUCACUCAACUGGUUCAAUGGAUGGGUCUUUGUUCCAAACUAUCAACAACACAUGUACAGCUUCUGGAUCCAGAUUAUUUAGACACUGGCUGACUCACCCUUUAUGUGAUAGAAAUCAAAUAUGUGCUCGCCAUGAUGCGGUCUCGGAGAUAUCUGAAUCAAUUGGAUCACAGAGAUACUCAAUUAACAAUCCGCAAGAUGAAGAGGACAGGUCUUGCCCAUCUUCCGUGAGAAGUGAUCUGAGCACUAUUCUUUCAUCUGUUUUGAGAAUGCUGGCAGGAACUCUUGAUGUACAAAGAGGAAUAACAAGGAUUUUCCACUGCAAAGCCACAGCGAAAGAGUUUGUUGGGGUCAUCCAGGCUAUCCUUACGGCUGGAAAGCAACUUCAGAAGCUUGUUCUUCAUGAUACUGACACCAUGUCUUCUCAGCAUAGAACUGUGCACUCUCCUUUGUUGAGAAGGUUAAUAAAUACGGCUUCAUCAUGUACUGUCCUUGCUAAUGCUGUGAAACUUGUGUCUUGUCUGAACAAAGAUGCUGCUGAUCAAGGAGAUAUGCUAAACCUAUUCAUUGCAUCUGUUGAUCAAUUCCCGGAGGUUGCAGAGGGUCAUGUAACUGUUGAAAUGGCCAAACAAAAAUUGGAGCUGUUAAUUAUCGAGUAUCAGAAGCAACUUGGCCUGCGCAACUUGGAGUUUAAAACAAUAUCUGGAACAUCUCACUUGAUCGAACUACCAUUGGAUAGAAAGGUACCUUCAAGUUGGAUGAAAGUAAAUAGCACGAAGAAAACAAUCAGAUACCACACUCCGGAGGUCUUGAAAAACUUGGAUGAUUUAUUGCUGGCUAAGGAAAAGCUAGCAGUUAUCUGCAGGACAACAUGGCAUAACUUCCUCGCGGAUUUUGGGAAAUACUAUGCACAGUUUCAAGCAACUGUUGAAUCUCUUGCCACUCUGGACUGCUUAAACUCGCUCGCGACUCUUGCAAAACAGAAUAAUUAUGUACGACCUAAUUUUGUUCAUGAUCAUGAAGCAAGCCAGAUUCACAUCAAAGAUGGCCGUCAUCCGGUUCUGGAGUCCUUGCUUGGAGUCAAUUUUGUUCCAAAUGAUACUGAGCUUCAUGCAAAUGGUGAGUACUGCCAGAUUGUUACAGGACCAAACAUGGGAGGAAAGAGUUGCUAUAUCCGCCAAGUUGCUCUAAUUACAUUGAUGGCACAGGUUGGUUCCUUUGUACCGGCUUCAUCAGCAAGGUUGCAUGUUGUUGAUGGAAUUUAUACUAGAAUGGGUGCAUCCGAUAGUAUUCAACAUGGAACAAGUACAUUCUAUGAGGAGUUGAAUGAAGCUUCCAACAUAUUGCAUAACUGCUCAUCUCGUUCACUAGUUAUCAUUGAUGAGCUUGGCCGUGGUACAAGCACACAUGAUGGUGUUGCUAUAGCUUAUGCUACAUUGCACCAUCUUCUCAAAGAGAAGAAAUGCAUGGUCAUAUUUGUCACCCAUUACCCAAAAAUUCUUAAUAUUGUGAGAGAAUUUGAACGUUCUGUUGGUGCAUAUCAUGUCUCAUAUCUAGCAACACGGAAACUGUUGGAACUAGCAGAUAGACAGGUGGUGAUUAACAACACAGGGAUGAAGCAUCUUGGUGAAAUCACUUUCUUAUAUAAACUUGUUGCUGGAGCUUCAGACAGAAGCUUCGGUCUUAAUGUUGCACUGCUUGCCCAGCUUCCAUCUAGAUGUAUUGAGCGGGCUUCAGUCAUGGCAGCCAAACUGCAGGAGGAGUUGAGCGUGCGUGAGAAAAAUAAGUUUGGUAGGCUAAUAGACGUGCCAUGGGAAAGCCCUCCAAAAGUGGAUUUGCUUUGUGCACAGCCUUAUCAAGGGCUGGCUGAAGCAUGCCACAAGAUACUAUCUAACAUAACAUCUUCUCAAAAUAAUGAUGACUUAGCGGAUGCUCUAUCUUCUAUAAGGGAAGCCAGGGAUAUUGCCUUGAAGGCAAUAAAAGGCUGUUGAUCUUGUUCUACGAAGCAGUUGAUACUUCGGCAUCGGUUUCUUAAAAUCUUUGUGAAGGGGAACCAUCAGGUAUAAGUAUGCAGGUGGUGUCUUCUGAUAACUUAUUAUGGUCUCUUCCGAACACAAGAAUUUUACAUGAUUUUCUUAGGAGAUAGUUCAAUUCCUUCUUUUUUUUUUCCUUUGAAAAUUCUCCAAACCGAAGAAGUUCUUAGGUUACAAUUUGUUGAAGCCGAUUUUGGGGUUGAUGUUUGCCAUUGUGCUAUGACAGUAGCAUAUACUGCAGACUGUAGUGGGUCUGGACGUGAAAGCACUUGAAAUUAAAGCCAGAUCAAUGCAAGAUGAAGUAACUUGUUGUAAAUCUGUAGUUGUAGAUUCAGUUGAUGUAUCCUCGGCCUGUUUGAACCUUCAACCUGUUUGAACUUGUCCCAAACCUAUUAAAGCUUUGCCUUCAUUUUGAAGCGUAGAUGCAAAAAUGUGACGCAUCUCUAUGGGUGUGUAUUUGCAACG